UCCUCCCUCUGUAAUCACUCCCCUUCAGCUACUCUUGAUCUUCUCAUCUUCAUUCUUGUUCUCUUCUCUGGCACUUUCCUCAUAAUCUCCUACUUCUCUUACAUCUUCAAUUCCCUUUCCCUCCUUUUUCCCUACCCACUUACCAUAAACGUCGACGUUUUGACAACCCAGUACAUCUUUUACGCGUUCUUCUUCGUUGUUUUCUUCGUGGUGGUGAUUUCAUUCGAGAUCUGUUGUGGGUUUUUCGGGUUUUUUAGAUCGAGGAAAUGUGGGAAACCUGGGUGUAAAGGGUUGAGAAGGGCUAUGGAAUUUAACUUGCAAUUGCAGGGUGAAGAGUGCUUUUUGAGAUCUGGUGGGGGUGAUAGUAGUAGUAGUAGUAGUAGUAGUAGUAGUAGUAGUAGUAGUAGUAGUAGUAGUAGUAGUGCUGUGAGAGAGAUUAAUGAGUUGCCUUGGAAAGGUGGGAGUGAGAAUAACCCGGAUUAUGAGUGUUUAAGGGCGGAGUUGAGGAAAAUGGCACCCCCCAAUGGACGUGCAGUGUUGUUGUUUAGGUCUAAAUGUGGGUGUCCUGUCGCUAAACUUGAAGGUUGGGGUGCUAAACGAGGGCGUCGCCACAAGAAGACUCUGGCACUUAAUGGUAAAGCAGAUAAUCGCUGAAUGUUGAUCAUCGCACAUCAGGAUCUAAUUCGUUACCUUCUGAAUUUCAGAAGCAUGGGAGAUUGAUAUUGUUGUUCAGAACCAUUUUUUUUUAAAAUCCCAUUGACACUUACUUUAGAACAAUGCUCAAUGUGUACAAACUAUAGCCAGAACUUUUUCUUCUUUCCUCAAGAAGCGUAUACCAUAGAACAUGAAUAUUACAUAAUUCGCAGUCACAUUAUCAAAUAAGGGAUGACCUAUCUUUCCUCC